UGGUUUUAGUGACUCGCUGUACAGCAGAGCCCAGAGGAGCGGCCGCCGGCAGGGGAGACACACACACACAGACUGUGGGGAGAGAGGCGAAGGAUUCGGCAAACGGCCUCAGCUCGGUCUGGCCAUGAGGUGAGGAUUUGAAGUCGGUCUGUGGGCGCGGUUUACUUCGGGUGAAGAGGCCCAUUUCCACGUGUGUGUGAUGUAAUGACGCAAGUGUGGCCCAGGACGGCGUGAGAUUCUCCCGCCCGCGGGAGCCCAUGGCCUCGGAAGGUUCCAGCGGCAUUUCGUACGCGCUGACUGCCCUGGGCGUGGGCAUGUUGGCCCUGGGCAUCCUGAUGAUGGUGUGGAGCAUGGUGCCGGGCUUCGGCAAGGACGACGGCGCUCAGGGCGGCAACAGCAGCACGCCUGCCACGGAGGAGUCCAAGCACAAAGUGUCGCAGAUCUCCUACAUCUUGUGUGCCGGGGGCGUCUCUCUGCUGCUCAUCUCCAUCUGCCUCAGCGUGCGUGAGAAGAAGCGGAGGAGGACGCAGGAGGGAGCGGCGAGCGCGCGGGCAGAGGCGGCCAUAUUGCCGGAGGGAGAUGUGGACGGUGAAACUCGCCUGGCUGUGCCCACGUACGAUGAAGUGAUGCAAGGAGAUGGUGUCCUCUCACCGGAGAGCCCCGACGCUUCUGGCGGAGGAGAGCCCAACAUCGUCUCGCUGCCCUCCUACGAGUCGCUGGUGGAUGUCGGCCUGCCCUCGUCAUCGUCCAACGAGGUCCCGGCAGCCGCCACCGCGGACCCCAGCGCGGAGGCACGGAGCGCCAGGCCCGCCCCUCGCACGGGACGCAGGUUCAGCUCCAAGAAGAUCCGUCGGAUCCUGUCACGACAAGUCCCACCUCAAGAGGUUCAGACUCAACCUGAGCAGCACGAACAAUACAGUGGUCAACCUGGAGCCCCUCACCCCCUCCCCCCUCUGUACGAGGACGGAGUGGAGAAGAGCUUUGCAAACGCAAAGCCGUCCUGAGCUGCCGCCGCCAAUGUCCAGACUGCCGCCAAUGUCCAGCCUGCCGCCAAU